AUUAGGCUUGCUGAAGCAACAGAUCUCGCAGCGCAACAGGAUUCCAACCAAUCGGAAACGACCCAAGUCAGAAAUAGUUAUCUGGGUGAAACUUGGUAGCGAAGAGUGCUGGUUGGUUGCUUCUCGAGCAAUCGUUUCGCCAAUCUCUUGCAACAGAACAAGCGACGACGUGGUGGGCAAGGAUUUAGACCGAAGAGAUUCAUUGAAUUUACCUGCUCAAGAUUAUUGACUUGUGAGCUUCGAAUUUCAGAAGACUGAGUGGGUUCGUUUUGCCUUAAAACGAUGCUCAUCGCCGAAGAAACGAGCUUUACUCACAUGAAUGCAAUAGAAAUUGUGGGCAACAAUUCGCAUUUGCCUGGAGUUUUUUGAUUGCUUGUUAGUGUGUUGACUGGUUCAAGGAAAUCAUUUGCAUUUUCAUGAAUGGUUAGAGCAGUAGAGUGAUAUCACUCUCUUUCGCAUCACUGGCCGAUUGCCUUUCUUGCUGCAUGCGAGAGUAGUGGCUUCGUGAACUCUGAACACGAGCAUCUUCGUGUUGGCCAGAUAUCAUCCACAUCCGACGGAAGCGUUCAUAAGGGAUUGGCCCAGGCCAUGCCGUGUUAGAAAAUGGGGGGAUAUUGUCCUGGUGGGGUCUUUGUUAAACUAGUCUCGGAUUCGGCAGUGGAGUCCCCUGCGGACCGUGUUUAUGACCUUGUCGCCGUUGUUGCAGCUGCUGCUUCGGCUAUGGCGGUACGAAGCUUAUAAUGCUCUCCCUUCCGUCCCCACCACUCUGCUCGACCUUGGAGCACCCGGCGCGUAUUUGUCAGUUGCACGGCAAGUUGUCCAAUCCACGGCAGGUUGCCGCUCUGAAAUCACUUAUUUCGAUGAUCAUCAGCAGAGAGCUUUGCGUUGUCUGAUUGGAACCUGGCAGCUCUUAUCCUGCCUGCCACAGGAGGGACCUAGAUGCGGGCUUUCAGUCAUUUGGGUCGUCUCGCAGGUCAUGUACUCUGCGCAACUUUUUUUUGGGUUUGAGAGGAUCUCUGAUCGACGUAGUCUAUUGCUUGGGUUGGACGUGAGCGAAGGCCGAGAGAGCGUGAGAUCUAGAAGGGGGACUAUGUGAGAAAUGUCUCGAUACAUUGAAGGAGAACAAGUCGAGGAGACUCCUCGCCCGGGUUUUCGAAAGUUCUUUCUAAAUAGAGAUGACCGUUACUUGUAGAGUCUCAGGGACGAGUGUUGUCUCUCUGAUGUACAGAGGGGCAUAUGAAUAGAUUCGCCGAGGGAGUAGCUUGGAGGAGGAAGGAGGACAGGGUUAGGGUUAGAAGUGUCUCAGAGUUUCGAAGGCUUUUUGGAGCGUUAGUGGUAGAUCAUUCUUCUUCGUCUGCAUAGACUUAUAGGGACGUUAUUGAUGUGAAAUUCGAGUGGUGGAUACACGGAUGCACCUCACCCCAAGAGGACCUUCCACAAGACACUGUUUGUUCAAUCAUGAGCUUUCGGAGGGGGAAGUAAAUGUAGGUAUAAGACAUUCUCACACCGAUGAGAAACUCGAGAAAAAGCAGUUUCGGCAUUUUCUUCGCUCACAGGAAAGUGAAGUGCGCGGGAUUCUACACUUUCAAGGAAAUAGUUGGAGCAAGUUUGAGUCGUGACAUCCUCACAGGGAGACAGUAAAGAGGCUAUUGCCGUGGUUUCUGUGGAAGAUCGAAAGUUAUUCUCAUGUGUUUGCAGAGAUAUGAUUUGAACGAGGUAAUGAAGGUGGUGCAGGAAGACAAUGGGCACAACCCAGCCCCCGCAGGCUGCGGCCUCGCCUCCCUUAGCCUAGAUCAGCUAGUGGCCAUCUUGCAGUUCCUUCCCGUGCAGUCACUGAUUGCAUUUGGACUCACAUGUAAGAGAUUCAGAGAAAUUGCAGAUAGCGACAACUUGUGGGCAUAUAUUUGCGUUCGUGAAUGGGGCAGAAGAGCAGUGCAAACAUGGCCGAACCACGGGAAAGAGAGGGGUGGCUGGAAGAUGGUUUACAGACAAAUGCUGAUGUUGAAGGCUGGCUCCUGGCGUAAAGUAGAGCAAGGGGAUGUGGGGCCUGCGCCGCGAGCGUCACACUCUCUUUACACUGUUGCAGAUAAUCUAUCUGUCUAUGGAGGAGGGUGCCAGGGAGGUCGUCACCUCGACGAUACGUGGGUUGCUUCUUUACCUACCGAGAUCUCAGAAGGUAUUGUUUGGCAUAGAAUUAACAAUGGUAGUCCGCCUGGACGAUUCGGACAGAGCUGCACAGUUGUUAAUGAUUCCAUAGUGAUCUUCGGUGGAAUCAACGAUCAAGGAGUACGUCAUUGCGACACUUGGAUCAACAGGGGUUUGGGUAGCGGGAACCUGUACGAGAGCCCAGCCUGGGAGUUGGUUGAUGUGGUGACGUCUCCUCCUCCUCGCGGAGCUCACGCAGGGUGCUGCGGCGGUGAUCGGAGGGUGGUCAUCUUCGGUGGAAUUGGAACGGAGGGCAACAGAUUUGGCGACACCUGGGUCUUGGAUUUGUCGGAGUCUCCCCCUACUUGGCAUGACGUGAUCACUUCGGCCUCUCCGCCUGCGCGAUCGGGCCAUACGAUGACUUGGAUAGGCGGCAGGAAAAUGAUUCUCUUCGGUGGGCGCGGGAUACGCUUCGAGGUUUUGAACGACGUCUGGCUGCUCGACAUGGAGGGCGCUUAUCCACAAUGGGUUGAAUUGCGUCCCCGCGAACUUCAACCGCUUCACGAUCGGCCAGCUCCUCGCGCUGGCCACUCCGCCACCCUUAUAUUUGGCGAAAGAAUUUUGAUUUUCGGGGGCGAGGAUGCCCGUAGGUCACGCAAAGGAGACGCCUGGGUGCUUGACCCCAAGGCUGGCGUACAGGUCGGCUGUGGGUCUUCGUGCAUGCCCAGUUAUCCCCAGAAACCCUUCAGCGAAGACAAAUUGGCGCCCCGGUUCUGGAAGAAGCUGAAACAGUUGGGCCAGCUCCCGAGCAGACGAUCCUUCCACGGCGCGUGCGCUCUUGGUUCCGGCCACUCCAUCCUUGUCUUUGGGGGCAUGGUUGAUGGGGAGCUUCUACCAGGAGCUGCAACAGGUCUCGGAUUUGAUGCUGAGAUGCACAUGCUGCAGCUGGUUCCUUGCUGUACCUAGUCCUCUCUCGACCUUCCUUUUCAGAGUGAUCUCCAUUGUACAAAUUGGUAAUCCUAAAAAAAAUUAAUUAAUUGUCAGGUGUGAGGGAUAAUCUGGUAUAAUCAAGAGCUUAGAGGUAUGACAGUGGUUGCCAGUAGGGGUGGAGCCUUGUCUAGGGUUGGAUUUGGCUUUACGGUAGGGUGUUGGGAAGCUGCUACACAAGAGUGGCCUGCAACGUCCAUCUUGUAGACAUUCUAAGUAAAUCAUUUCUUGGGUAGGAUUAUGUUCUGAGGAUUCUUUCGUUCCAUUCGCAUUUUGGAUUGAAUUCUCUUUUGCUUAUCCUUCACUUACUUCUGUUUCUUUGAGCCUCUGUAUACACAAAAAAAUAAUUCCGUGUAUCAUCUGCA